AGGCGAGCCUGACCACCUGUAGAAAGGCAGCAGACUCUGGUGCUCGAGUUCGAAUUUCAUAUCUGAAGGAAGAUGAUGGAAGAGAGUGGAAUAGAGACAACUCCACCUGGCACACCCCCACCAAGCACAGCAAGCCACCAAGGCAUGGAAGAAACUUUGUCCAGUCCCCUUGCUACCCCAAGGUUGUCAACUUCUCCCACAUACUCACCUGCCUUGCCAACCGGAGUGUCCCCUGUCAUAACUUCAGCAUCUCUCCCAGCUGUGCCUUCUGCAACGGUUUCCACUAUUGCACCUCCCCUGACUCCUGCCGCAACUCCUGGUACCCCUUCAGCUUUUGGGACCCCCAUGCCCCAGUUCUCAACACCUCCUCCAAUAAGAUGUACUGGGCUUCCUGCACCUCCCACUGGUCCCCCUACUUCAGGAUUUUCUUUGUCUUUAACUCAUGACAUUACCAGAGGUCAUGCUGGUCGAGCACCACAAAACCCAUUGAUGCCAUCGUACUCUGCACCUUCAGUCACAGGUGUCUUGGCAGAUCCUAUUACUCAGCAAGCAGCUAUCUCAUCAUCUUUGGCUCCUGGAACUGGUUCUGCAAUCACUUUUCCUGAAGAGCGUGAAGACCCAAGAGUAUCUACUGCCCAAGGUGGAGCACCUGGUGGAGGACUGUGGGGAUUUAUAAAGGGUGUGGCUGAGAAUCCUAUGGUAAAAUCUGUUCUUGAUAAAACCAAACAUUCAGUGGAGACCAUGAUCACAACACUGGAUCCUGGCAUGGUUCCAUACAUCAAAACUGGGGGAGAACUGGACAUAGUGGUUACUUCUACUAAAGAGGUAAAAGUCACAGCAAUUCGAGACGCCUUUCAAGAAGUCUUUGGAAUGGCUGUUGUUACUGGAGAGGCUGCACAGUCCAAUAUCGCACCCCAGCCUGUAGGCUAUGCUGCAGGGUUAAAAGGAGCCCAAGAAAGGAUAGACAGCUUACGUCGGACAGGAGUAAUACAUGAAAAGCAGGCUGCUGUGUCAGUGGAGAGCUUCAUUGAGGAGCUGCUUCCUGAUAAAUGGUUUGACAUUGGGUGUCUGAUAAUCGAAGAUCCAGUUCAUGGAAUUCAUCUGGAAGCUUUUACCCAAGCAACACCAGUGCCUUUGCAAUACGUUCAGCAGGCUAAGAGUCUCACUCCGCAGGACUACAAUCUGAGAUGGUCAGGCCUGUUGGUGACUGUGGGUGAAGUGCUUGAGAAGAAUAUGCUGAACGUCAACAGGACUGAUUGGCACAUGGUAUUCACUGGCAUGUCCCGUCGACAGAUGAUCUACAGUGCAGCUAAAGCUCUAGCAGGAAUGUACAAACAACUCUUACCACCCAGGACCAUUUGAAGGAAGGCUGAUCCAUGACACUAAGGAAUACUGGUUGUGAAUCUAGAAUGGAAGGGAAAAAGAUACAUAUUCCAAGUGAAAACAAUACAAAUUUGUAGUCUAACUGUAACCUGUAUUUUAAUUUUUAAGAAGUGAAGUUAAUUUCCAGUAGUGGAAAUGAGCAAUUGUGUUUUUAACUACUAUAUGAUUUCCAGUUUAAUUCACAAAACAGGAAAUCAGAACCAACACAUAUUUAUAACUGUGACAAACAGCAUUACAGUUUGUGAAGCAGAAUGUGCUAGUGUUUCACACCAUACUAGGCAUUUGCUGAUGUAUUUUUGUUUGUCUCAGUUUUUAAAGAAGGGGAUACAUUGUUUAGCUAUUUCUAUUACAUUGGUGAUAUAAACAUGUUGACAGCAUAACAUAUAUUAUAUAUGCAUUUCUCUCCAGGGAGACACAUAUCUUCUGUAUUACAUGUUCUCUUGGGGCCUGUGCUUAGGUCAUACUGAAGACCUUCCUGAUUUGGUGUCUGUAUAUAAGUUAUCAGGAGCAGUGCUGAAGUUUCUAGAAGAACAGUGAGCUGAUGAAGAAGAGCACAAAUCCAUGCCCCAUUAGUUGAAGUUGUUGCUAAAUAAUUUUGAACUCUGAUUUUUAUAUGCUGCAUCUUUCUAUGUAACUAAUGAAAUUACAGGCCAAUUAAAACACUAGACAGAUUUCAAGUUGCUUUAGUGGGUUGUAGAUCAGGUACCACAUAUGCAUGAAGUUAUCUCAGCAGUUACUUUGGUGCUUCCAAACUUCAUACUUUAUAUUGAAUUAUGUAAUUUCUUCGAACAAGUUCUUAUUAUUGGAGAUUUGAUGUGAAAAAUGGUGAAAUGUGUAUCACUUGUUUUACUGUCCUGGCUUUUCUAAACUUUUUGAAGUUUUAAAUACCUUCUUGAUGUCAUGAGCUCACUGUUUCUCAUAUUUUCAGUGUUGUCUGAUUUUCUUCAUGAGUAUGAGUGCUCUCUAUCCACCUUCACACAACCUUAAGCUUUCUUUAGAAAUAUGGAAGUAAUUGUGAAGAAAAUAUUUUGGUAAUACUUUUUAAAAAAAAAUAAAAUUGAAGAAUAAACAAUUACUUUUUAUUUGCCUUAAAAAAAGCAAUUUUCAGAUUGUAUUGUUCUGCCUUUGCCUUUCUUAGAUGCUCUUAAAGGUCAUUUUCGUAUACUGUUAUACCAGCUCAUAUUUGUACCCAAUGAAAGCCUGUCUGUUUUGAAGUAAUAUAUUUUGCCUUAAAUUGGCUUACUCUGAAGUAGUUGAAUAAAUGUUUU